UCUGUCCAACAGAUACAGGAUGGAGCUCAACAACUGAUUCAGGAGAUUACGACUGGCAAUUUGGGCAGACAAAUGACCCAACUGGAAGAGGGUAUAUCUGCAUUACCGACUGGACUCUCCCAAAAAACAGCUUCUUAUCUGUCUCUUGCUACAGAAAAUGGCCCAGCCAUAAUACGUCGGCUUCGGCUGCAAUUGGUAGAUGCUCAAUCCGCAAUGACUACACGCAGCCUUCAAUUGACAAGGCUUCAACAACAAAGGUUGCAGCAACAGGAGGCCCCAUGUACUAGCCUUGCGGAAAAAAUGGAGUCUUUAGCAUUUACCGAAGAGCUGGGUUUGGUGCGACGUAGACUCGAUGCUAAACUUUCGGUGGCUGCGGACUCCCUGCCUAAAUCAGCUAACGCAUUGCAACAGGCGAUGGAUAGAUUAGCACUUAUCGAACGUUUGCAGAGCUGA